UAGCUCCGUCGGCCGUCUGCUACUUGAUUAUGUUUUCUGCCGGUCUCUGGGAAAGAUGUCUUGCAUGUAGCCUGCAUCAAGGAAUGCGGUGUCAUUGUCCACAGACUGUUAAGUGCAUCUAAAUGAUAGCACAUAAUAUAUUAGUGACAUUGUGAUAUUACAAUCCGGUUGCAAAGUGCGGCGAGGAAGCCGCCAUCUUUGAAUGAAAUCGCUUGAGCCGCAGGUGUGUCAGUGUAGCGUUGGGUCGCCGCUCUCUUCUGUGUACUGGAGUAAACAUUUCUCUCACCUACUUCCUUGAGGGAAUUGCGGUUGUGGUGAACCGUACAUAUUUCAAAGGCACAUGGUGUGAAAGGGUGGACUGCUUAAGAGACCCAACAUAGGUCAUCAUGAGUGAGGCAGGUCCUCAAAUCAAUGGGCCCGCCAGCCCCACUGGGAAAUUCAUUGAUACCAUUGAUCCGGAUGACCCUGAGUACCGGCGCAACUUGCAGCGUCCUGCAGAAGUGAAGGAAGACAUGAAGCAGAUGGAAGGGCGGUCACGGGUUUCGGUGGUGCUGAACUCCCAGGCUUUUCGGGAAGACCUGGAGCAGAUUAUUGCGGAGCAAAUUGCCCAGGGGGGUCCUGCCUCUCUCUUUGCCCUGCAGCAUAUCUCCGACUUGUUGCUGCCACAGUCCAGGGCAGGCUACUCCUUGAGCACAGCUUCACCAGCCAUUCCAGUUAAUGACAUUAGAGGAGUGGAUGCUUAUGGACACACCAAGGCAGAGAAGAUUUUGCGAUGCAAGCUUGCAGCUUGUUACCGCUUAGUGGAUCUCUUUGGAUGGACACAUGGCAUCUACAACCACAUCAGUGCUCGGCUAAGUCAGGAGCAAGAGCAGUUUCUAGUAAAUCCUUUUGGCAUGCUGUAUUCUGAGAUCACAGCAAGCACAUUGGUUAAAGUGAACAUGCAAGGAGAAGUUGUGGACACUGGCUCUACUGGACUGGGGAUCAGCAAGGCUAGCUUCACUUUGCAUUCAGCUAUCCAUCAGGCUCGCCCAGAUAUUCGCUGUAUCAUCCAUCUUCACACCCCAGCAGCUGUAGCUGUGUCUGCCACCAAAAAAGGGCUCAUUCCUCUGUCGCAAGAGGCCUUGAUAUGCGGCCAAGUCAGCUACCAUGACUACAGGGGUAUCCUUGUUGACCAAGAUGAACGAGAUCAACUUGCAAGGAAUCUUGGUCCUUUUAACAAGGUGAUGCUGCUUCGCAAUCAUGGGGUGGUGGCUUGUGGAGAAACCAUAGAAGAAGCUUUCCAUUAUGCCUUCAAUGUCAUGGCUGCUUGUGAGACUCAGGUGCGUGCAAUGUCAGCUGGCAUGGAAAACCUGAUUCUUGUGGAUGAGGAGACACAGAAGAAAACAUUCAAAGUAGGAAGCCAGGGAGGUGGGGGCACAGACCUUUCAGGGCACAAGUGGCGCUGUGGAGAACUGGAAUGGGAAGCUCUGAUGCGCACCCUGGACAAUGCUGGUUACAGGACAGGCCAUGUGUACAAGCAGCCCCUUAUGAAGCAAGAAAAGAAAGAGAGAACUAACAGUGAUGUGGAGGUGCCACCAGCCUCCAGCUCUUUCACUUACAUCUUUGAUGGAGACUAUGAACAUUCUAAAUACGUCUCACCAAUAAAAAUGGCUCUGGAACGACAGAAACAGGCUUACAAAGCUGGUUGGCUGACAUCCCCCAACACAUACAAAAAGCAGGAGAUUGAGGAAAUUGGGACUACCACACCCAAAAAAAUCACCAAGUGGAUUCAAGAUGGAGAAGGUGGUCAGCUAAAAGCUGUAAGAAUUGACAACCCAAACCAGUUUGCACCACAGGGUGCAAACCCCAAGGAAUUCAAGGAAAAACAGAAGCAGAUUAAGAAAGAUUACUAUGAAGAGAAGGUGACUCCUGGCCCUCAGUCCAGGAUUCUUGAAGGCAUUUCGUGGGAUGAGGCAGCAAGAAUGAAGGAGGGAGGAGAUCAGACCAUUGUGAUUGGUGCAGCAUCCAAGGGCAUCAUUCAGAGGGACCACCAACAUAAUGCUGUAGUGUACCGCUCAUACUAUUCUGCCAACCCUUUUGAAAGCAUGAGUGAAGCAGAAAUGGAUGCCUACAAGCAGGAGGUGGAGCGUCGUGAACAGGGCGAGGAGCCAGAGGAUGUCCCUGGUCCUGAGGGUCGGCUGAUUUCUACAGAGGAGCGAAUGCAGCAGAUCCAGCGUUCUCGAGAGGAUGUUGAUAAACAAGAUACAGAAGAUGUGGAAAGAGAAACUAAGUUAGGAUCUGUUAUCAAUGGAGAACCUAAAGUAGAGCCUCAAGUAAAACCACAAGUAGAGUCUCAAGUAAAACCUCAAGUUGAGCCUCAAGUAAAACCUAAAGUUGAGCCUCAAGUAAAACCACAAGUAGAGCCUCAAGUAGAAGUUGAAGCGAAGGUCGAGAGAAGUCGAGAGGUAGCAUCUCCUCCUCGUGCUGAAGAAUCCAGGCAAAAUGCGUCAACAGCAGUGGCAACUGAUGAAUGCCCAGUGGCCUUGAAACCUUCUCCCCAGACCCUUAAGAAAGAGGAAGGGUUAAUGCAGCUGCCUGGCUUUGCAAUCCCAUCUGUUUUACCCUCUGCUCUGCCUUCCUCCUGCAAUAAGGGGCAGCACUCUGUGGUAGGGGAUGAGAGGGGUGUGGGUACUUUUUUAUCAUCACCUCUGCAAAGUAGUCGGUCUUUUCCUAGUGUUGAUAGAAUGCCUAGUGAGCAGUCUGGCUGUGCAAACUGCCAGGCCAAUCAGUCUCAGCACUUAGGAAUGACAAGACAUGCUGAACGUCAAGCAAAGAAGACUGAGGCUGAUAGUGAGGACAACACUGAUGGUGGGGACAAAAAAGAACCUGAGCCAGUCAUUAUAGAGUCACCAGUGAUCAGACUUUUUCAGGGAAAGCCUGACAAAGGAGUGAUGAAGAUUCGCUUCACCAUCCAUUCAACCGUGACACGCCGUCAAGUCAAAGGUUCAAAAGGUCAUUGGCCUAUUGAGCAAGCCUCAGUUCUUCUGUCCCAGCCUGAAGUGACUUUUGCAGACACAGAAAGCAAAUCUGCUACAACUGUUAAAAGUCCUGUGCUUCUCCAAGAAAAUCAUAGUGUUAAUGUGAUUGAUACACCUGAGAAAUCUUCAGAAGAUGUUCCUAAGCAAAGCUCACUGCAGAAAGUUUCACCAAAGCGCCCAUUUCGUCUGCAUGGAUAUAGGACAGGAUUGUUCCGACCACAUAAGCCUCACAGAAAGUCCAAACGGUUGAGAGUUCAUAAGAUAGUUCAGAUCCCCCUCUCUCCAGUAAAGGAGGAAAUAACUGAAGAAGAAACAUUAGAAACCCUUCUUGCCAACCAGAAUGUGGAUGUGGAUUCAGAUGAGAGUCUGGAUGAUCUGCUUCUUUCACCUGACAACAUAUUUGAAAGUUUGUAUGAAAUGAGAAAGACAUUGUAUGAUCAGUUUGACCAGAAGGAAAGUACACAACAGCAAGCAGUAAGACUUUCUGGAGAACCACAUUUUGUCAUGCCCAAAGUUGGGGGUAGCCAGCUAUCUUAUUCCCAUAAAGAUGGACAUUCAAGGCCGAUGUCAUUUCAGUUUAGAGAUCUGCAUCUAGAAUGUGACAAAAUCAUUGAUAAAAAUCUUGCAAGUGGUCAGACAUGUCCGAUGCCACAGACUACAGAAAAUUCUACAGUCCUUCCAGUUAAGAUAAAACAUGGCACAACCAGAAAGAAGAAAAUGGGGUUGACAGAAGUAACUAAAGCUUUAUGUCAGGAAGAUCUGGGCAAGCAAUUUCUAGAAAUUGGUGUGGAUCCUUUGUUUAUUUCUGCUCCUCUGGCAGAAUUAGAAGACUUAGAGUAUGCAGAUGAAACUUGCCCCACAACUAUCCCAUCAUUAGAGGAUGAGGAAAAACCAGUAUUAUGCAGUCAGGGAGUUGUGGGCAAACAGGUUCUGAAAAAAGGUAUAGAUCCUCUGACAAUUGCUGCUUCUCUGGCAGAAGAAGAUGACUUUGAAUAUGCAGAUGGGUCUAGCCUCAUAAGUAGUCCACCUGUGCAGAAUGGACAUUCAGAGCCUGUGUUGGGUAGUUCUGACUCAGCUUUUGUUUGCAUAUCUGCAGACUUCAACAGCUCGUCAAUUAUAAAUGAACCAGAAAAAACUAUGCAGACAGACCCACAAAGGGUGCAAAACUUUGAAUCCCCUUUGCCUGGUACAUCAAUAAACCCCUUUGGGGAGCAGGCUGUUCCAGGGGUAGCAUUAAGCUGGCCCCAGUCAAACAGCACUCAAGACAGUCAAAAUCUGAGGGUUCUUACAGCCCUGAACUCAGUUACCACAGAACUAGUACAAGCUACAUUGCCUGAGUGGCACAAAUCUCUGAUCUCUGCUAGUAAUAGUGGUUUAGCUUCUGACCAACAGGUCAACAAUGUGUGGAUAUCUGUGGACUCACAGUCUAACGAGAACCUUCAUCUUGAUCCCCUCUCACAAGCAGGUUCUGAAAAUACUAACAAACAGGUGAGCAUCCCUUCAUCAGAAGAUGAUGCCAUACUUAAAAUGCCCAUGUCGUUCUCAGAGUUUCCUCCAAAAAUAAAGAAAGACUUCCUCAUAGAUGAAGGACCCUUGCAGACCAGUUCUCCCAAAUUAGGCCGCAGGCAGGAUUCUGGCUCCUUCAAAAUAUACCAGUCUAAAAUGGGAAAAUCAGAGGAAACACUUGAGGCUGUUGCAUGCUUAGAUCAGCAAAACCAACUAGCUGGUGGCAGACGAUUAAUGCCCAGAAGAUCAAAAAGUUUUCCUAGAAAUUUAGGUUCUAUUAGGUCCCGUGAAACUAUGCUUGAUGACACACCUUUACAGGGCAGUAAUGAUAGAGAAAGAAAAGGUGCAUCGAGUUUACAUAAAGGUGUGUCUUCAGAAGGUGAGAAUUCUCAGGCCAUAGAAGCAAACCAGCAGAGUAUUCAGAAAGUCGUUAAAAACUCCUCUGCAAAUUCUAGACAUGUCUUGGAGAGAGCUUUGAGCUGGAGUGAAGAAAGUUCAAGAGAAAAGGAAAAUUAUCCACCUUCAACAGACACUGCAAAUUAUCCCCUCGGGACAAAAGAAUACCAUGACAAAGAGGAAUGGAAAGAGGGGGAAUCACCAAGGAGACGACACAGACGAGCACAGAAAGAUGAUGAUGCACCCGUCGGAGAAGAAAGCACAAAUGAAAAAGAAUUGGGUCUUCACUGGUCAGGGAAGAAGCGAAGACGAAGAAGACGACCACUGUCUCAAGAACAGACAGGGGUGAGUACUGAAAAAUUGGACACCGUGGAUGUAGGUACCGUGCCUGAAGCUGUGGGACAACAGGAUGAAAAGACUGAAAAAUCUCAUCUUCAUCAAAACACAGUCAUUGGUAUGCAAAAAUGGUCAGAUCCGGAGAAUGAAGUUAGCGACCAUCGAAACACUUACAGUGUGAUAGAUAAUCUGAAAGACAUGGAUCAUCAGCAAAUGCCAGAAGGGGUAGAGCACAGAGACAAACAAAUUGUGGAAACAGAAACAUUUUCUGAUAUAAAUAUUGUUCCUGCCGACGCUUCUAAACUGACUUCACUGGCGACACUAAAAAGCAGUAACAUAAAUUUAUCUGCAAAUGUUGAACAGUCAGAAAUUCCAGAAAAUAAAUUUUAUGUUGAAGGAGAUACAGAAUUUCCUGCUCCACCAGCAGAGUCGGAACUGUUAUUCUUGUAUGAAGAGAGUGGGGAGAAACCUGAAAAUGAUGGCGAUAAGCUACUAAGUGAAAACUGCAAUGUCAGCAAACCGGAGCCAGUACCUGCUGAACAUAAACAGGAGACAUUGGAUCCAUUUUUCCCCACCAUUGAUGAUCCCAAAAUACUAGACUACAGCAAUGACUUUUUUACAAUUCAAGGAAGAAAGCCCAGCAAAGAGGUGAAGGACAGGGAAAGUGAGCCUAUUUAUGCCAAAGUAAUACCAAGAUCUGAGCGUUUAUCUAGAAACAGUAGUGAAAACAAGUCCUUGUUGGUCAAAGACUUAGCAGAAACCUCUAGUCAGCAGCAUGUAAACAGUGUAACGAAAAAAACAUUUGAAGAAAGCACACAAGCAAGGGCACCAAAGCUUUCUGAGAGUGAACUUAAUAUUAUGGAUUACAAUGAAGAAGAUGCUCCAAGAGUAAGACGACGUAGAAAGAGCAAGCAAAGUGAAAUGGAACCAGCAGAAGAGAGAAAGAAGAACAGUUUUCGGGAAGCUAGCUUUAGGCCUCUUUCGGAAGGCUGGAUCAGAAAUGAAGGGGAGGAUACCUCCGAAGAUGCUCCAAGGAUGAGAAGGCGAAAGCACAAGGAUGCAGUCAAGUUGCGUAACAGUGAUCCUCCUGUGACAGCCCAGAUCUCUCAGUCUGGCAAGCACUUCAGGAAUGAUACUUUUUCCCUUAACUUACUCCCUAAAAUACACAGCUCUGUGACAGAGCCCCGACAGCUUGGGAGAAAGACAAGAUCUCAGGACACUUUGAACUCACAGCUCACUGUAGGGGAGGAAAAGGAGUCAUCUGGGGUGCCAUCAGAAUCACCAGUGGUGAAAAAAAUGCUAAAAAAUGUCUUGUUGUGUGUCAACACACAGGGACAUGACAAGGCAGUCAAAAAGGCACCAAAAGCAAAUUCUUUGCGAGAGAGAAAACAACCUGUAGGUGACACCUUACCGGAAAUGACAGUUGGCCUUCCUCACUUUGCUCCUGCUCCUCAUCUGAUGAAACUGGAUUUUGUGAAAGAACCAAGAAGAAGCUUGCAUUCUGAAAGGGGGUCUACAUCUUCGAGUGAUUCUUUGUACAGGGAUGGUUUUUUUGAUAAAUCUUUAGAAAUGAAAGCACCAGUGAUGAACUUUCCCAGAGACAAGCAGAGGCAAGCGUCUGACAACCUUGCAGAUGGUACAGAAGAUGAAGCUCAUAGUAUUAAUUGGAACAAACCUUCAGAUAUGGACAAUUUUGGUGUUGAAGAUAACAAACAGAGAAAAGAUAGUAGUGAGCCUAAAGACAUUUCUCAUCAUGGGGAGGCUGGUGCUCAUGUAAAGGACUGCCUUGGGGUGUCACAAAAAUUGACAACAGAUGAUAAGCUGCAAGAUGUCCUCUCAGAUGUUAAUACGCAGGAUCCUUACAAGGAAGUCAAGAAGCCACAGUUUCAGGAAGAGGAAGAGAUUGUGCCAAGCCGCAUUCGUGCAGUGUCUUUCACAGAUGGUUAUACUCCCACUUUGCUCCAUCUGCCUAGUGGAGUGCAGUUAGGGGAUUCAUUGACUGCUGAAAAUUUUGUUCGGGUUAGGGCAAACAGGGCCAGGACCCAUUCUUUUGGCAGCGACAUAAAAAAUGACCUGGCCAAUGUGAACCCUUUAACACAUGAACCUUCGCGGUCUAGGGCUUGGCACAGUCACCAGGUGGGCUUGUCUCAAAGUCACCAUGGUAACCGCCCUAGGUCUCACUCUCAUUCAGGGGUUACAUACAGUGCCCACAGUGGGCGCCGAAGGCGAUCACGCAUUCCAUCUGCAGGAGAUAAUCGUAUAUAUCAGCCUCGACCAAAUCAUGUGCGAGGCUUUCUCCUCUCUGAACACCCUUCAGCUGCCCCUUCUGAGAUUAGCACAUCUUCCCAUACCACCAUGCUUGCUGAUGACAACUUCUACUCUGAUGCAAACAACCAUGGCUAUGCCAAUGAAUCCUCCACCCCUGUCAGACGAACUGAGUCCGAUAGACGCCCAGAAAAAAAUCCAGCACUGAUUAGAGAGUUGGAAUCCCGGGGCAUUGGCAGGUCUAAAUCAGACAGAAGACCCAGAGGAGAAGACCAAGGUGAGGGUGACAAACAUGGCUCUCCAUCCAAAUCGGACCCCAUGGAUAGUGCUAGUGGAGGGGAGACACUUGAAGAGCAUAGCAGCAAAGAAGGCUCACCCACAAAGGAGGCCCCAUCUCCUACAAAGGACAAGAAGAAGAAGAAGAAAUUCCGCAUGCCCUCCUUCUCCAAGAAGAAGAAAGACAGUAAGGAAAGCACCAUCUAAGCUGCACUAGCUGCCAUCAUUCCCAUCACUUGGGAUACUUGUUCUUCUCGAGGGUCUGGCCAGCAGACGUCAUCUUGUCUAAGCAUCUUCAUGCACCGUUUAUCAGCUCCGCAUCAGUGCAUUUUUUUUGCUUAGCUCAUUGCAGUACUUUUCACUUCUUUUACAGUGCUUAGCUCACAACAGGUGGACAUCGCGUCUUUGCAUGUUGAAUUACCAGUUCCCCCUCCUUCCCCUGCUUUGCAUGUGAUGAACAUGAAGCCAACAUGAGAAAUACAUUUUACACAAGAAAGAGUGGAUUUUGGAGACUUGUUCAUGUUUGUCAUCUGUGCUGGAUUAGGAGAACCUGAUUAAAAUGAUCUUACAGCAUGUAGCUUUGCGUUAGUUUAUAGUCACCGAUGGAUGUCUUUUGUUUUUUUGAAUUUUGUUACCUCUUUUGUUUUUAGAAGUUAGGAUACUUUAAUUUUGUGUAUACUUGCAGGGGCUUAAGACCUGCUUUUUUGACUUUUGAUCUCUCGUGUUACUCCCCACCCUAUACUUUUUAAAGCUUUAGUUUUGAAGAUUAAACACCAUGCUUAUAUACUUUUUAAAACUGGUUUUAUACCUGUCCCUCAACUUUAAUCCUUGACAGUAGGUUUCUGAUCUUUGUGGACCAUAUGCAAAAAUAUGACCUCAGAUGUCUGACAGAUUUUUAUUGCAUUAGUAAUCAGAAAUGAUCUAAGGAUGAACAGCAGUUGGUCAAAUUUAAAUAGACAUUUCUGCCCAUCUAGCUUUCUCUUGAUUUCAGAUGUCAGUUUGUCUGUAAGAUGGGUGCUUCUUGACAGACUGGAACUUUUUCAUUAACAUGCCAGAAUUGUUUAAACCACCAUUUUUUCCCAUUGGUAUGCAACUAUCAGAUCAUCUAAUUUGUAAAUUAGAGUUUAUUUGUGGGUUAUGUCUUAGAUUUUUAUCCUUUGAACUAUGGGGGGGUAGUAGAUCUGCUUUAGGUCAUCUUAUGCACAGCUUUUAACUGCCUACUAGAAUGUGAAUGUAUUGUCUGUACGAACUCAGUGUUUGGUGGAAAUUUUAUUAUUAUUGUUGUUGUUUUAAUUUGUUUUUGGUCUAGUUAAGGAUGAGAAGAAGAAUCUGAAGUGAACAGUUGAAAACUUGUGCAAGUGAUUACUUCUUCCAGAUACUCUGCAAACUUUGUGUCAGUGCACUAACCUUGCAGUAAGAAGUGACUGAAAGAAUUAUUUUUCCUUUUUGUACCACGCAUCAUUUAUCAUUGUUAAUCUGCAAGUUAGCUACUCAGUACAAAGUGCACAUGUACUUCAGCUGAGGGAUGUGUGGUCUAUUGGCCAUGUUUUGCUUGCACAUUUUGAUUUGGCUGCUGUACAGAUGGCUUGUGUUAUGGCAUGAAUGUUGAGACCAUUGAUGACGUAUGAGAGAAUUUGUGCAAAACGUUUUGCUUGUCGUACCUUUCCUAAAAGUAUGUUUCCUGUUUCAAUGUGAACAAGUUUGUACAUGUGGGUUAACAAGGCUAGACUGGUAUCACCAGUCACCGUGUGCUUAGAAGUACUGACUCCCUGCUUCUGUGAACAUAUUUCACGUGGCAACUCAUAUUUUUAAAACCAUGCCAGUAUGUAACAUUUAAAUGCUAAAUGUAGCUUUUGCUGUUGUAUUGGGGAAAUGUCUGUCCCAUUGCCUUCAGACUGAUUACAGGCAAGAUGCUAGUUUCAUUACUGAAGAGUGAAUUAUGUUUAGUUUGCAUUUAUUACAACUUUAAGACAGCAGUUCAUUCUUCCCUCUCACCUUCCGAUCACGCCAUCUCCAACAUUUUGUUUUGUGCUUUUGUGAAAAUCAAUGGCAGCACUAUUGUGGGAGAGUGUUUCAAUAGGCAGUCCUAGUUUGCGUUGGUGAAAACAGAAGGAGUGAGGGGGCUUUCCAUAUUGAAGUAAGGUAUAGACAUUGUUGAUUCUUUGCCACUCCAAAGGCAUGGCGAUUAAGCAGUUUGCAGGCGGGGAAGAUUUAAAGUCUUCUGUGGCAUACAUCCAAUGUUGUUUGCAUGUGGAUAUGUGCUGGUAGGAAGUGGAAAUUUGUUAUCCUUAUUGAUUGGCAGGUGUUUUAUUUUAUUCUUUGGGAUUGGUAUGUUUCCAUUUCCUCAGCUGUUAGUUCCAAGCUGCAUGUUUUAAUGAACAGUUUUAGCUGGCUUUUAUUAAUGGGCUUUGUCUUCACAUGAUUUUGACUGAGGCGUGAGAAAGCUUUGUACCCGUGGCUGCUUUUAAUGGAUGUGUGGACAUAGUUCAAGGUUCACUUCAUGUGCAUUGCAGGAACAUAAACCAUUUUUGUACAGUCUGCCUUAGCAACACUGUCUACUGCUAAACCUAUCUGCCAGAGCCAUGUAAUGCAUUGGGUUGCAGUUGGAGUUGUAUUCAGACCUGUCAGAAAAUUAGAAUGACAGUUUCUGGUAACGAACCAGUUUGAAUUUCAGUGUGUACAAGACUGGUGAUUUGCUUGUAUAGCAGGAAAGUGCAGCAAGCAGUAUCAGCAGUGAUUGUUGUAAUUCGCUGGUAACUUUCUUUUCACUGAAUCCUAGGGGGGAAACUUGUGAUUUAUCUUUUUUUCUGAUAACACUAAGGUCUGUGCAUUUUUGUUUGUUUUUUUUCUGGAGGAAGCUAAGAUUGUAGUGCCUCUUACCGCCACGUCUCCAGAAAAGUACUUUCUAACCAUUCACCUGACUUUAGACUUUGAAGUUGCAGGAAACAUCAGCUGGAAUCAUUCCAAAUCAAAAUGAGGCAGCAAUUAGGUCAUCACUGUGGCAGGAGGGGAACAUUAAACUGCAAGUUCACCAGCUAGUUAUGAGGGAGCCAUGGUUGCUUGCCAUUUUCUUAGGAGAAAGCAGGUCAUUGAUUAAGAGAUUAAGAUAAAGAUAUUCUUCUGCUUCAGAUUGUACUUGCAGAAUUCACUAAAAUUUCCCCACUUUUUUUUUUUUUUAAAUGAACAUCUUCAUGCUGGUAACAAAAUGAAAACAAUUAUGCUGCUGAAUUCUUUUCCCUUUUAGGGCCAAAUAUUAAGUGCACUGUACCUUCUGUGGUGUUUAAAUUACUGUGUCAUGAUGGAGAAUAUAUCAGAAGGUCUAUCAGAAAAAUAAGAUGCUUGUAUAAUGAUACCAUGCAAUCUGCCAGCCAGUGCACGUGGGAGACUACAUGUCCUGUCACCUGGGUGAGGCAAGCUACAGUGUGCUUUCCUCUACCAGCCUUUCAGACAUUUAGCUGCUAUGUUCAACUAAUAAUCCAGAAACCAUAAUGCUGUACUUCCAUGUAUGAUGCACCCUCUACGUGUAUACCUGGGGAACUUGCUCAUUCACAGAGGGUUGCAGCAUUUUCAAGUAUUGACUUUAUUGCUUCCUCCAUAGCCCAACUUUCAAGAAGCACUUGUAAUGUCUUUCUAAUUGUUGAGUUGAUUUGACCAAUUUGUAUAUAUAUUUUGUCUGUGCCCCUGCGCAGUGUUGUUUUGUUGAUUCUUUUGUGUUUUUUCAAUUUCCCUUGUUGACUUCUAAUUUUUUAAAAGUGUAGUUCAUGUAUGUUGAAAGAACAGUAGAGAGCUCCUGUAAUACAAGUAGUAGCACCAUGUAACUGCCAAAUCAGCCUGUUUCAUGCAUGAUGUAUUCAAGCAUUAUGAUUCUGGGCUGAUUUUCUUUUCUAAAUGUAGCACAUAUACAGCAACUGAUUUUUGGAUCCAUUUAAUGUUUCAAUCAUAACAAUUCUAUAAUGCAUUCUGCUUUGUAGGAAAAAAAACCACGCUGAUACAGGUGCUUUUAUUGAUGACAUUCUGAAACUACUUUGUAUUUGCUUUUAAUGGUAAAUUAGCAAGGAGAAGAAGGGGGAGGAAUCAGAAAACAAAUGCAGCCAACAAUUAUUUCAAAUAUGUUGCUACCUGAAUUUAAUGUGAGAGUUUAAAAGAAAAAUAUGAUGGUGAACUGUGGUUUACCUUUUGAGUUGUAAAAGCUGUAGUAAAUGGGGGAGGGAGUUUUUACUUUAUAUACAUUUCUAGUUCUGUAGGCAAGACUGUUAGAUGCUCCAUGGCACCCUGAUCCUAGACACAUGACAUUUGGCAUACCUGAAGGUAAAUGCAACAAGAAAGAUGGGAACUACCUAUUGUUUUGCCAAAAACUGUUCAAACAUUAACUGGCAUGUAAAGUUCCUCCUCCUUUUUUCCCCCACCACCAACUCCCAUGUGAUGGAAGCUGCACAGGGUCUGAUAACAUGGUUCAACAUUCUGUUGUCCAUUGACACUUUGACAGACUAACCCUUAAGUAAGCUCAGAUGUAUCUAAUUAAUUUUCUUCUAUUUAUAAAGUCAGCUUAGGAUAAUAAAUUACUUCUGUUUGUUAUAUACUUGAGUCGUUGCCUGGAGUCACUGUCAUUUUUUUUUUUCCUUCUAUGGGCUGGAAUUCCAGCAAGAGAUAGCUAACAUUCCAUGUUGUCCUGUAUGAACAAACUUGAAAGAAAAGGACAAGCAUGUGCACUGCACUCACUCCUCCACAAGUAAAGAAAACUGUGCUGGUAGGUCACAAUGAAGCUAUUCGCCUGGUUACUAGUGUAAUUUCUUAUAAAUCCUGAGAUAUAACAAAGCACACAGCUUUUGUGAUAUCUAAUGUUCAGUACUCUCAUUCAGCAAAAAAUUAAACUGUAGCAAGUAAAGAGAUGAGAGUACAGCAUGUUUGUUAUAAUUUGACAAAGAUAUGACAAUCUUAAGGGCUGUAUGGGAGGGGAAAAUGCCUGGAAGAAAAUUUCCAAUCUUACAGUGGUAAACUAACAACUUUAUCUAGAAGCAAAUUAGCUAGUGUUUUUGUAAGUGGCAUUUACAAACGUUCCUGUCUCAGGAGCUAUUUUCUACUUUUUUGUAAGGAUGUGUUAAAGACCUCUCCCUUGUUGAGUUCAGUCUGUGCAUAGAAUAAAGAAGAAAGCUUCACGCUGUUGUGUAAAUGUCAUUAAAAAAAAAAAGUGCAUGGGGGGGUAAAUCUUUGAAUUAUUGAAAAAUGGUGUUGGUGGGUUGAGAUAAAAUGUUCUGAAAGUUUCAUAAUUCUUGUAUGUCAACAUGUCUUUUCCCAAGAAUAGGACAGCCAAAUUUUGUCACAGAGCUGGAGUGAGAAAUUUAUCAAAACCAGCGAUAGCUUAACCUGUUAGGAGAGCUGUAGAGAGGUUGUAAAUUUGUUUUGCUACAAAUGGGCUACUGCAGCUCCUAAUUCACUUUGAUAAAAGUUAUAAUGUGUUAUAUUCGUUCCUAAAAUGGCUUUCCCUUUCCCUAUCAUGGAGCAGAUGUAAGACAGGAAUUUUACUGCAUAUGGUUGUGACUAGGCAUUCAUGCUUCUGGCAGGUGUGAAGCUGUUCAGUGCAAUGUUUUGUAUUUCUAGAGUCACUUUCCAUACCAAUUCCCUAAUGGUCGUGAUUGAACUUUUUUUUAAAAAUUAUUUUUGGGUGCUUGGGGUGGGAGUGGGGGUGCUUUCAAUUAAAUCUUUAAAGGCCUCACACCUUAAAAACUUGAUCAAUUUUACCAUUUUAAUAUCUUCAGCCAAGUACAUUCAUAUUUGACGGAUAAAUGUUCAAAGGUGGUCUUUUAUACUUUCAGCAGUUUUUUCCCCUUGAACAGCUUGUAGUCCAGUCUGUAAUGCUGUGUCAAUAAAGAAAAUAAAGACAGUAACUUGCCA